CAAACUCUUAGCUGCCUAGCAAGAAACAACAAGAUGUACGUAGUAGCACAAAUGGGAGACAUUCAGCCUUGUGAAGGCACCUGUGAUUCUGAAAAAGUUGAAGGAUGUUCUGUAAAAUGUCCACCCGAUGAAGUAUUCAUGUACAACACAGAUGUGGCUUUCGAUCGGGAAGGAAAUUUAGUGGCUAAGUAUCACAAGAGACAUCCAUAUUUCGAACUUUUAAAUUCCCCAGAAGAACCUGAGCUUGUGUCAUUUAAAACAGAUUUUGGUGUAUUUGGUAUGAUCGUGUGUUUCGAUUCAGUUUUUGACGAAUCAGUCAUGUUAGCAGCGCAAGGCAUAGAUACACUUCUGUUUCCAACUUUUUGGUUCGAUGACAUUUUACCCCUGAACUCUCCGGAGUGGCAACAGUCGUGGGCUUUAGCUAAUAAAGUAAACUUUCUCGCUGCUAAUACUCAGACACCAGGAUUAGGAUCAUUGGGAAGUGGUAUAUUCUCCAAAACAGAUGGUGCAUUGGUGUAUACUUAUGAUCCAGAUGGUGAAUCAAAAUUAUUGGUAGCUAACGUGAAACUACGAGAGGGCGCGGAGGUAGAUACCAAUUCCUCCAUUACUGUAAUUGGAAAAUCAUCUAUCAAUACAAAACAAGAAACAGGAAUGAAUUUUCCAGAAAUAUGCUACGACAAAGCUGUUGGAGCAGCUGGCAACUUGUAUACAGAUUACCGAUGCUUCGAGUCCCAAAUGGAAAACUAUACACUUGUGAAACUGGAUAAACCCAGUGGAAAAUUAGAAGCUUGCAGCAACGAAUUUUGUUGUUCCCUUACAUAUACAGCUGAUGAUAUGCAGGAAGAUUUUUAUUUGACAGCUUUUAGUGGGAUGAAUAAUGUUUAUGGUUAUUACCAUUGGUGUGAAGAAACAUGUCUUCUGAUAAGGUGUGAUCCAUUUGAAGAAAAACCUUGUGCGUUGCUACCACCGAAUUCCAAGACAGUGUUUCGCUAUUUGGAACUGCGGGGAAGAUUCACGUCUGACAGAAUCUAUCCAACAGUAUCAAAAGAUAAGCAUCGCUUGGCGCCAAAAUCGGAAUGGAAACACAAGAUCUCAGGUUCUGAAGCCAAGUUAAAGUUUCGCUCACAAGAGAACGUUCCUUUACUGAAAGCUGGCUUUUUAGGAAGAUGUUACAAACGCGAUCCUCCAUUCAUACCGUAUUACCAAUUUUGAUAACAGCUCUGUUUGAGUGUUCUGACAUUCUAAAACGCAGAAAAAGGUGAAUGCAAUGUAAAAAUAUUUAUUAUUAGUGUUAAGACUGAUUUAAAAAUUCUCCAUACGAACUUUUCCUUUUUUUUUUUAAUUUAAAAACUGUUGAAAAUACAGUUGUAGAAACAUUUGCAUCAUCAUCAAAAAAAAAAGUUACAAUAUGGCAACAUUCAGUUGUCUAUCGUAAAUAAACUAUCAGACUUAAUUGCAUGUCUAAUUUAAUGCUAUUCAAUGUUAUUCUAUUUUAGUGUACAUAAUUUUAAAUUGUAUAUUGUACUAAUAAAAUUAGUAUUAUCAGUUGGUUCAA